AUGGGUGUCGAUUCUGCCAUCGACGUAGACGCAGCACUAGAGCCCAUACCGCCCAAUAAUGUGCCUGAUAGCGAGGUCAUUAUCGAGGCUGACAAUCAGAACGAGGAUGAAAGAGAAGAAUCGCACACUUUGUUUCGACUUACGUUUGGCGAUAGACUUGGUACUGCCCCACCAAGUGAUCCAGGGAGUAACGUCGGCAGAGUUUUGGAUGUAGGCACAGGGAGUGGGAUAUGGGCUAUUGACUAUGGUGAUGAACAUCCUCAAUCUGAGGUCAGAGAUUACAUGAAUGUUCGAGGCAUCGAUCUCUCAGCUGCACAACCAACUUUUACGCCAAAAAAUGUGAAAUUUCUUAUCGACGACCUCGAAGAGCCGUGGACCUACUCACGACCUUUCGACUACAUACAUAGCCGAAUGAUGAACUCCUCGAUCAGGGACUGGCGAGAAUACAUAAGAAACUGCUAUGACAACCUCAAUCCCGGUGGAUAUCUGGAGUUAAAUGAGAUUGAUGUCAAGCCACUCUCUGAUGACGGCACCUUGAAACCGGAGCAUUCCAUCUCUCGAACCGUCGAGAUGCUCCAAGAGGCUUCAGAGCUAUUUGGACGCCCGUACCAAGAUCCCAGGGCAUUGAAAUCGGUUCUCAUGGAGACGGGUUUCACUGGUGUGACGAUGCAACACUUCAAGUGGCCCACCAACUCUUGGCCGAAGGAACCCCGGCACAAAGAGCUUGGGGUUUGGAAUAACGAGAAUCUCACACAGGGAUGGGAGGCGAUCUGUAUGGCGCCGCUCACGAGGGCGCUCCGUUGGACCAAGAACGAGGUCUUGGUAUUAAUGGCCGAGAACCGCAGAGACUUCUGCGACCGAAACAUUCAUGCGUACUUUUCUAUAUGGUCGAUUUAUGGACGAAAGCCAAUAGACACAGACAUGGGUGGCACCGAGGAACGUAACGAGUAA